UACCGUGAUUUAUAUAUUUAUUUAUUAAAAAAUUUUUAGUGCUUAAGAAUUAAAUUUGAUCUGAAUUUGUCAUUUGAGUCAGUCAAUCUAAUAAUAUUUUUUUAUUAUUCUGAUUUUUCUGAAAUAAGAUAAGGAAUGAAUAAUGAAUUCAUGGAGUGAAUUAGCAGUUGCAUAAGACAUAAAUAAUCUUAUCCAGACUAAUUGUAUAUUAUGAUUACGCCUGCAUCAUUGGUUGAACUUAAUAUUUUGAAGAAAUCAAGGACAAUAUUCAGAAACCAGAGUGAUAGUUGCCAACAUGAGUCUAGUGAAAACAUUCCUAUAUAAAAUCGGACAUCUGUUACUAAGUAUUGUUCGAAUCCUAAGAAAAGCAAUAUGCUGUCGUAGGAAAAAAGAAGCCGAAUACCUUUUGCCACUGACUGUUGGUCAUGUCAUUGAUAUGGAAUUAAUUAAACAAAAUGAAUAUGAACAUCCAGAAUUUAAAUCGCAGUGGGAGACAUGGCCAGAUUCUGGUAAUAAUCAAACAUCCUUAAAUAAUGGAGGAAUAAGAACUGACUCUCAAGCUGAUUCUGAACUUGGUCAACCAGAAGAAGGAGGCGAGGAAGACUUUUUUAAAGAUAUGGUGCCUCAGAUAAGGAAACCAAAAAAAGUUUUCAUCAAAAAUGAUCUUAAAGAAUCUGAACUAGAUUUUGCCUCCUCUAAUCGUUUAGCUAUGGAUCCAAGAGCAGUAUUGAUGGAACCUGAUUUAGGAAUCAUAGAUGAUGGUCCUUCAAACUGGGAGGACAAUGAAAAUUUGGAUGAAUUGUGGGAUCCCGAUCAGUUGAUUCGGGAAAAGAAGCGAGCUGAACAUGAAAAACGCCGUGCAGAGCAUCAACGUAGGAAAUUAGAAAAAGAAAGUAGAAGAACAUGUAGGCCAGAGUCUUUAAGCAAUAUGAUGUUGAACUUAUCCGAUUCAAAAGACAAGCAUAAAUAUUCGUGAUGUUUUUCCUACGUAAUAUAACAAUUAUAUUCUUUUAUUAAAGGUGACGACAUAUUUUUUGUAUUGGGUUUUGUUCAGUAUUGAAACUGUUUAUUUCAUCAAAGUGAACUCAUUAUUUGAGAAAUAAAAAUAACAGUAUCAACACUUUAUUAUCUUAACUUUUAUGUAUUUAAAUUGAGCAAAUGGUAUUUACAGUGUUCUUCUUUGCUAUAAUAGGAAAGGAGAUGACUAUACUGAAAUAUUUAUAGCAAUAUUUUAUGCAACGAAAUUGUGACAAUGCUUAUCCUUGCUAUAAUAGAAAAGGAAAUGACUAUACUGUAAUAUUUAUAUCAAUAUUUUGUGCAACGAAAUUGUGGAAAAUUUCCCUCAGAUUAAGGAGGUGUAAAAACUAAAAAUAAUAAUUAUUUUAUCAUAUUUUUUUUUCUAAAUUCUUUAUGUUAAUUUCUUGCUUGAAAUUUCUUUCAAAUAAUUGAAUCUGUUUCACAUAAUUUUUUUCUUCUGAAAAUGGAUUUUCAUAAGUUAACUUCAUUCAUGCCUGCAAGUUGUUGAUUUUGACCCGUUUCGCUUUUCAUUUCGUUAGUUAACGUUGCACUUUGAUGUAUUAAAUUUAGUUUACCAUGCAUUUGAUGGUUAAGUGUGACAAAUUAUUACAAGAAGUGUCCUUGCCGUUAUUGAAAUGUCUUAGUUAGAUAUACUGACAAAAAUAUUAGUAUUUUCCUACUUAAAAUAUUUUUUAACUGCCUUAACUCAUGAUUCCCUUCCCUUAAUACUGUUUAAAUUUACUUGUUUCACUUUUUAUAUUGUAUGUGUUAUUGUCUUUUUACUUAGAUUUUAUAGUUUAUUUCUGAAGAAUAUAAGUAUUUUAUAUUAAAUAAAGUAUUGUUAAGUUUUCUGUGCUUCAUUCCUAAUUAUAACAUGAAUUUUUUGUUUUAAGAUGCCGCUUCUUUUCAUUGUAUAAUUUUAACACCUUUAAUCAUGGAAAUUGUAAAUUUUCUUGAUAUUCAGAUGACAUUUCUUUACUGUUGCUCUUACAAGAAAGGUAUCCAAUUUCUAGUCUAAUAAGAUACAUGUCAUCGAAUUUUAUAUUAAUUGAGUGUAAAUUUAAUGCUUAUUUCAUUAAUAUAUUCCUGUUUUCAAUGGAAUAAAUGUUAUAAAUAUGAUAUGCAAAUAAUAUACUAAGCUUAUAACAUAUUAUGCAUUUAAUGUGAUAUGUUGCAAAUUUCAGGAAACAUUUUUUUAGUCUGCAUUUGUUAUUGAAAACUAUCCAAUUCUAGUCAGAAAGGAUAUGUUUAAUUGAUUUUCAGAUUAUUUGAACAUGAAUUAUAAUGUUCAUUUCAUUAAUAUAUCCCCGUUUUCAAUGCGCUAAAUAUAUCAUGAUAUAUAUAUAUAAUAGACUAUGCAAUUUAUGUGAUAUGUAAUAAAUUUUUUACUGUUGGGCUUAAAUAUCUUUAAAUCUUGCAAUGUUCGUUUUCUGAUAUUUUUAUAGACUCAUUUCAUUUAGAAUUGCUAUUCCUUUAUUUUGUGAUCUUGACAAUAAUUUAAAGCAUUCGAAAAAAAAAAAAAAAAAAGCAUAAUGGAUCGCGAAAUUAAAAUUUUAUUUUUUAAAUCAGGACAAAAGCAUCACAGAGUUUGUCCUUUUCAGGCAAUAAUAUUAGCAUGCUAAAUGGUACUGUAUUUUUGUUCGUAAUAAUCAUUUGAUUUUAUGCUAUUUCAUUUGCUGCGUUUUUAUUUUCAUUUCUGGAACAUUUACGGUGUGGUCACCAUUUUAUAACUUUUCCAACCCAAAAAUAUUGCAAAAUGAGUUAACUCUCACUGAAUGAAACAUCAGUAAAAAUAUUGUUGUUUUUUUAAUAUAAAAAAACAAAAAAGUUUCGUUUCCUUUUCUAGUAAUUUAAAGAAUUAUAAUAUUGAUAAUAAAUCCAUGAUGUCACUGCUUACUUCCUUUCCAGAAAUAAGAAAUUAUUGGAAUAAACUUAUUAUUGGAAUUGAUUUUAUUAAAUCUAACUAUGCAGUUCUUAAAAGUAAAGGGCCUCUUUGUUUUGAUAUAACUUUCAUGCCCCAAAAAUAUGAAAAUUAAACUUGUAAACGUUUUUCUGAAGAUGAGUUACUUUCGAUUGUAAAAAGAUGUUAAAAAUAAUAUUGCUUGUUUAUAAAGAAAAUUUUGAUGUUAUAAAUUAUUGGCCUUAUUUCGUAUAAAUUUUUAUGAAAAUGUUAUUUAUUUUUUAUUUAAUACGUCAUAUUUAGUCAUUUUAUUAAAGUUUUCUUUAUUAUUGGUUUGUAUACCUACAGGUAUAUUCUGUCAUAUCUAUAAAUGUUUCCAAACUUCUCUAUCAAUUACUGUCAUAGUUAACUAAUUGGAUAUAUGCAGUGACGGCUCGUCAGUUGAAAAACGAGUAGUGCUGCAAAAAUAUUUCACAAGAAAAUACAAUUGAAAUGUAGCUCUUAAAAAUAGCGCUACUUCUAAACAGCACAAAAUUAUUCUUAAUAGUAUUUUAGAAAGUUAUCGUCCUAUCUUUUUCUAUGAAUAAUUUCUAGUAAAAGAAAACGGUUGUAUAUUAAGGUAAAUGAAUUUCCGCCGAUGUAAUGCAAAAACAAAAAUAGAGUCAAGUAAUAGCUUAAAAGAAGUGUGGUAAAGAAAAAAAGCUGUGUGCAAAAGUAAACAUUACUUGGCAGAGUAGGGGGGAGGGGUUAUGCAGUUGGCUGUGCUCCAAACUGGUUUGCAUUCAGAACAGCCGAGUCACUUCUAAAUCAAAGGAAGAAAUCUUUCGUUUUCGCCUUCAGUAAUUUUGCAGCUACUGCAUAGUAAUCAAAUUUUGAUGUCUUUUGAGUCUGGUAUUCAUGCAACUUAAACUUGUGUAUUGACUCAUUUUGUGCUUUCUUUCUUUGUUUAUUAUUUCAUUUUCGAUGACCAUCGAACUUUUCAUGUGGAAAAAUAAUUGAACAUGUUUAAUAGCGGAAAUUCAAAUUUUAAAAGUAAUUUCAGGGGGGUUGCUGCAGCCCUAACUGACAAGCCACCAUUGGAUAUAUGCAGUUUAUUGAUAUAAAAAUUUGAAUUAUAUAUUUCUUCAAAGGGAAGAGUAUUGAUGCAUUUGUUUGCUUCUCUAAUAUUUAUUACAUGUUUAUUGUCUGUUGCAUUGUAAUAUUAAGUGACCUUUUAAAAGGAGUAAAAUGUUUGAAAAUACUGUAAAAAACACAUCAGUCAUAAACAUUAUAUCUUUUUAGAACAAAGUUCUUAUUAAAAGACGUUAAAAAGAAUGGUUUUUAAAACAAAUUAGUAUUAUUUAAAAAUUAGUUGUGCUAAUGUGAUGAUCUAUUGCAAAUACUUAUUAUUGAAUGUAAUGUAUUCCUAUGAUAUCUAUAUUUUGAAAAGUAAUCCUGGAGGAGAAAAUUUAUACUUCUAAUAUCACUUUGUAUUUGUAAUGGCAAAUUGUACUACAUGCAUGAUAAUUCAGUUUUAUGCGUUUAUGAUUGGCGGUUUCGUUGAUAUAAAAAAAUGCAUCUCUCACUGAAGAAACAAAAUUAUAUAUAUAUUUGCAUAGAAAUCUUCGGGUUGAAACUAUUUCGUAGGAUUAAAAUGCUUCUAAAAUUUUUAUAAUUCCUGACUGCCAUUAAAGCUAAAUUCUUUUUCUAUAUUGCAUUUAAGUAUUGAAGUAAAUAUAAAUUUAUAUUUUUUAAUUAAUUGUUAUUCAAAGAAGGUUUAACUGUUACUAUUAUAACUAUAGAGUGAUGAAUAUUAUAAAUAAUUUCGGGUGAAAAGAUAAUUUUGUUUAUGUUUGAAGUUUGAUGAAAUACUAAAAAUUUAAUAUAUUGAAUGCUUUCCGUUAUUCUAUUGUUUUCUAGUUGAAUCCUUCUGUCAUUCUAAAAUUAAUCAAUGGUAUUAAAAAAAAAGUUUUUCGAUUUCACUGUGGUCUGAGUGGUGAGUGUUAUUAGAGUGAUCCUUAUGGGCUAUGUAUAUACAUGUAGAUAACGGCAUUUGUUUUGCCUGUGAAGAGAAAUAAUGUUCUCUGUAUAUACUUCCAUACAAAUUUACUGUUACAUUUGAUUUUAAUAAAGAAAUAAAAUCUUUUUCAUAGCUUA